AUGUUCAUUAAAAAAGAAAAAGAAAAUAAAAAUAAAAAGCUAGGGUAUUGGGUAUUGAAGCUGCUUUUAUUGGAAUGGAAUCCUUCGAUAGUAGUAGAGUCGUUUUGGGGGAUGUGGAAACCGAAUUGGAAAACUGAAAAGAAACUUGAGUUCGUCGGACCAGCUAGCGUUGCCGACCUGGAUGUUGCGAAUACGAUUGUUGAUAUACAAAAAUCGACAACACUGUACAUUAGCCUACGAAAAAAGAAACAAAAGAAAACAAAAAGCUCUAGGCAAUCUCCAAGUUCAACCAAGUUUCGGAUUUGCGUUUAUGUUUUCUUUUGCCUUUUUUCCUGCGCAACAAUCUUCAUUUCCAAGGAUUCGCUAAUAUAA